AUGAUAUUGGCGGAGGCGGUGCGCGUGGUGGCGGCAGCAUGCGGAGGAAUAGCGGCGGUAGCGGUACGCGAAGGAGCGGCGGCAGCGGCGGCAUGCGGAGGAGCAGCGGCGAUAGCGGUACGCGAAAGAGCGGCGGCGGUGGCGGCGGCGGCAUGCGGAGGAGUAGCGGUGGUAGCUGUACGCGAAGGAGCGUCGGCGGCGGCGGCGGCAUGCGGAGGAGCAGCGGCAGUAGCGGUACGCGGAGGAGCAGCGGCAGUAGCGGUACGCGAAGGAGCGGCGGCGGCGAUGGUGGCAUGA